AUGAUGCCCCAGAAGAAAAAGAGAAAGAAGGACAUCGACUUUCUAGCCCUGUAUGAGCAGGGGCUGCUGAACUACGCCUCAGAAGAUGACGAAGAGGAACUGGAGCACGAAUACUACAAGGCCAGAGUGUACGAGGUGGUCACAGCCACGGGGGAUGUUCGUGGCGCAGGGACCGAUGCCAAUGUCUUCAUCACCAUUUUUGGAGAGAAUGGGCUCUCUCCCAAGCUCCAUCUUACCAGCAAGAGCGAAUCUGCCUUUGAGAAAGCCAACAUCGAUGUGUUCCGGGUGAGAACCAAUAAUGUGGGCCUCAUCUACAAAAUCAGGAUUGAGCAUGACAACACAGGCUUGAACGCCAGCUGGUACCUGGACCGUGUGAUUGUGACCGACAUGAAGCGGCCUCACCUCCGUUACUACUUCAACUGCAACAACUGGCUGAGCAAGGUGGAGGGUGACCGCCAGUGGUGUCGCGACCUGUUGGCCAGCUUCAACCCCAUGGACAUGCCCAGAGGUAACAAGUAUGAAGUCAAGGUGUACACUGGUGAUGUCAUUGGUGCAGGGACUGAUGCUGACAUCUUCAUCAAUAUCUUUGGAGAGUACGGAGACACAGGUGAGCGUAGGCUGGAGAAUGCAAAGGACAACUUUGAAAAGGGAGCGGAAGACAAGUUCACAAUGGAUGCCCCGGAUCUGGGGCAGCUCAUAAAGAUCAAUGUUGGCCACAAUAACAAGGGGGUGUCUGCAGGAUGGUUCCUGUCCAAGAUUGUCAUUGAAGAUAUUGGGAACAAAAGAAAAUAUGAUUUCCCUCUUAACCGCUGGCUGGCCUUGGAUGAAGAUGAUGGCAAAAUCCAGAGGGAUAUCUUAGUGGGCGGAGCUGAGACCACAGCCAUCUCAUAUAUUGUCACCGUCUUCACUGGGGAUGUCCGGGGUGCUGGGACCAAAUCCAAAAUCUACCUGGUCAUGUACGGGGCCAGAGGGAAUAAGAACAGUGGGAAAAUCUUCCUGGAGGGCGGUGUGUUUGACCGUGGCCGCACAGACAUCUUCAACAUCGAGCUGGCUGUCCUCCUCAGCCCAUUGAGCCGGGUCUCCAUCGGACAUGGCAAUGUGGGAGUCAAUAGAGGCUGGUACUGUGAGAAGGUGGUGAUUUUGUGCCCCUUCACUGGCAUCCAGCAGACCUUCCCUUGCAGCAACUGGCUGGAUGAGAAGAAGGCAGAUGGGCUGAUCGAGAGGCAGCUCUACGAGAUGGUGUCUCUCAGGAAGAAGAGGCUGAAAAAAUUCCCAUGGUCCCUGUGGGUCUGGACGACCGACUUGAAGAAAGCUGGUACCAACUCUCCUAUCUUCAUCCAGAUUUAUGGGCAGAAGGGGCGGACAGAUGAGAUUCUCCUGAAUCCCAACAACAAAUGGUUCAAACCCGGAAUAAUUGAGAAAUUUAGGAUUGAGCUCCCAGACCUCGGCAGGUUUUAUAAGAUUCGGGCAUGGCAUGAUAAAAGGAGUCCUGGUUCUGGAUGGCAUUUAGAAAGGAUGACCCUGAUGAACACUCUGACCAAGGACAAGUAUAACUUCAACUGCAAUCGCUGGCUGGAUGCCAAUGAGGAUGACAAUGAGAUCGUUAGGGAAAUGACUGCUGAGGGUCCAACAGUACGGAGGAUAAUGGGCAUGGCCCGGUACCGCGUGACAGUGUGCACUGGGGAACUUGAAGGUGCGGGAACGGAUGCCAAUGUCUACCUCUGCCUUUUUGGUGACGUGGGGGACACAGGGGAGCGGCUGCUCUACAACUGCAGGAAUAACACCGACAUGUUUGAGAAGGGCAACGCCGAUGAGUUCACCAUUGAGUCCGUCACCAUGCGGAAGGUAAGGCGGGUGAGGAUCAGACACGACGGCAAAGGCAGCGGCAGUGGCUGGUUCCUGGAUCGGGUGCUGGUGAGAGAGGAGGGGCAGCCUGAGAGCGACAACGUUGAGUUCCCUUGUCUCAGGUGGUUGGACAAGGAUAAGGAUGAUGGGCAAUUGGUCCGAGAGUUGCUGCCCAGCGACAGCAACGCGACACUGAAGAACUUCCGCUAUCACAUCAGCCUGAAGACUGGGGACCUCCCUGGGGCCAGCACAGAUUCCAGAGUCUACAUCAAGCUCUAUGGGGACAAAUCUGACACCAUCAAGCAAGUUCUUCUUGUCUCUGACAACAACUUGAAAGACUAUUUUGAACGUGGCCAAGUGGAUGAGUUCACCCUGGAGACCCUGAACAUUGGACCCAUCAACCGGCUGGUGAUCGGGCACGACAACACGGGCAUGAACGCCAGCUGGUUCCUGGGCAGCAUCCAGAUCCAUGUGCCCCGCCAAGGCAAGCAGUACAUCUUCCCUGCCAACCGCUGGCUGGACAAGAACAAGGCCGAUGGGCGCCUGGAGAUGGAGCUGUACCCCAGCGAUGUCGUGGACAUCCAGAAACUGAUCCACUACGAGGUUGAGAUUUGGACAGGGGAUGUGGGCGGUGCAAGCACCACUGCCCGAGUCUACAUGCAGAUCUACGGUGAGGAAGGCAAGACAGAAGUGCUCUUCCUCUCCAGCCGCUCGAAAGUGUUUGAGCGGGCAUCCAAGGACACAUUCCAGCUGGAGGCGGCGGACGUGGGCCAGGUCUUCAAGAUCCGGCUCGGCCACACGGGCGAGGGCUUCGGACCCAGCUGGUUCGUGGACACCGUGUGGCUGCGGCACCCGGCAGUGCGGGAGGAGGAGCUCACGCCCGAGGAGGAGGCGCGGAGGAAGAAGGAGAAGGACAAGUUGCGGCAGCUGCUCAAAAAGGAGCGUCUGAAGGCCAAGCUGCAGAGGAAGAAGAAGAAGAAGAAGGGCAGCGACGAGGAGGACGAGGGCGACGAGGAGGAAGAGUCCUCGUCGGAGGAGUCCUCGUCGGAGGAGGAGGAGGAGGAGACCGAGGAGGAGGAGGAGGAGGAAUUCGGACCCGGGAUGCAGGAGGUGAUCGAGGAGUACAAGUUCGACGCCCACCGCUGGCUGGCCCGGGGCAAGGAGGACAAUGAACUUGUCGUGGAGCUGGUGCCCGCAGGCCGAGAGGGUCCUGAGCCCAACACCUACGAGGUCCAGGUGAUCACAGGGAGUGUGCCCAAGGCCGGCACCGAUGCCAAUGUCUUCCUGACCAUCUACGGGGAGGAAUAUGGGGACACGGGAGAGCGGCCCCUAAAGAAGUCGGACAAGUCCAACAAGUUUGAGCAGGGGCAGACAGACACCUUCACCAUCUACGCCAUUGACCUUGGCCCCCUGACCAAGAUUCGGAUUCGCCAUGACAACUCGGGCAACAGACCAGGCUGGUUCCUGGACAGAAUAGACAUCAUUGACAUGAACAAUGAGAUCACGUACUACUUUCCAUGCCAGCGCUGGCUGGCAGUGGAGGAGGAUGAUGGCCAGCUGUCCAGGGAGCUGUUGCCAGUGGAUGAGUCCUACGUGCUGCCACCAAGCGAGGAUGAGGAGGGUGGGGGAGAUGACAACCCCCUCGACCGCCUGGCUCUGGAGCAGAAAGAUAAAUCUACCACAUUCUCAGUAACCAUAAAGACCGGGGACAAGAAGAACGCGGGCACCGAUGCCAAUGUCUUCAUCACGCUCUUUGGCACUCAGGAUGACACUGGAAUGACCCUCCUGAAAUCCUCCAAGACAAACAGUGACAAGUUUGAGAGGGACAGCAUCGAAAUCUUCACAGUGGAGACCCUGGACCUGGGAGAUCUGUGGAAAGUCAGGAUCGGCCAUGACAACACAGGCAAGGCUCCAGGCUGGUUUGUAGACUGGGUAGAGGUGGAUGCCCCAUCCCUUGGAAAGUGCAUGACAUUCCCCUGUGGCCGCUGGUUGGCCAAGAAUGAAGAAGAUGGUGCCAUCGUCAGGGACCUCUUCCACGCGGAACUUCAGACAAGGCUGUAUACACCAUUUGUCCCUUACGAGAUCACGCUCUACACCAGUGAUGUCUUUGCCGCUGGGACAGACGCCAACAUCUUCAUCAUCAUCUAUGGCUGCGAUGCCGUGUGCACCCAGCAGAAGUACCUAUGCACCAACAAGAGGGAGCAGAAGCUGUUCUUUGAGAGGAAGUCUGCCUCCCGCUUCAUAAUGGAGUUAGAAGACGUGGGAGAAAUCAUUGAAAAAAUUCGGAUUGGCCAUGAUAAUACGGGCAUGAAUCCUGGUUGGCACUGCUCCCACGUGGACAUCCGCAGGCUCCUCCCAGAUAAAGAUGGCACAGAGACCUUGACCUUCCCUUGUGAUCGAUGGCUUGCCACCUCAGAGGACGACAAGAAGACCAUUCGAGAACUGGUCCCUUAUGAUAUCUUCACUGAGAAAUACAUGAAAGAUGGGUCUUUAAGGCAAGUCUACAAGGAAGUGGAAGAGCCUCUGGACAUUGUGCUGUACUCGGUGCAGAUCUUCACAGGAAACGUUCCCGGGGCAGGGACAGACGCCAAGGUCUACAUCACCAUCUAUGGAGACCUCGGGGACACGGGAGAGCGGUACCUCGGCAAGUCAGAGAACCGCACCAACAAAUUCGAGAGAGGAACGGCCGACACCUUCAUCAUCGAGGCCGCUGACCUGGGUGUCAUCUACAAGAUCAAGCUCCGCCACGACAACACCAAAUGGUGUGCAGACUGGUACGUGGAGAAGGUGGAGAUCUGGAACGACACCAACGAGGACGAGUUCCUGUUCCUGUGCGGGCGCUGGCUGUCCCUGAAGAAGGAGGACGGGCGGCUCGAGAGGCUCUUUUAUGAGAAGGAGUACACGGGGGACCGGAGCAGCAACUGCAGCAGCCCCGCUGACUUCUGGGAGAUUGCCCUGAGCUCCAAGAUGGCCGACAUCGACAUCGCCACAGUGACAGGGCCCAUGGCUGACUACGUUCAGGAGGGCCCAGGAUGCUCCAGAGCCUCCCGUGUGCAUCCAGAGGAGUCCCUGAGCAGGCUGACUGGGGCCGUCUCAGGGAUAGGGUCCCCCCAGCAGCCCCUCAGCCCCUCCUCUGAGCCGCUGAUGGGCCUCGGAAUAGAGAGAGUCCCCCUGCAGGAAGCUCGGAAUCUGGCUCCUGCAGCUCCCUUCGCCUGGACACUUCUGGCCGCCCCCAGGCUCAGUCCCCACUGGCACGUGGGCACUGGACACUUCCUCUGCCUCUCAACAGAGGGAAAGCGCCUCGAGAGAGAAAGCCAGGGUUCCCCCGGGUUCAGGGUACCGGGUCCAUAUUCUUGUGAAAAUGGCCCCCUUGCGUUCUUGGCUGCUGGUAAGGGGCAGUGUGGGUACGGACAUCCCUGGGUUUAG